AUGGCAACACUCACCAUCAAGACCACCAAUAAUGAAGCAGAGUACGAGGUCUUAAUAGCAGAACUAUCCGCCGCCAAGGCGCUGGGUGCCAAGCAGUACGUUUCCAUAGUACAAAUUAUAAGGGCGGACAAUGCAGUGGUAGACAAGUUGGCCAGGGCGACAUCAGCAAAGGAUGACACAGAAUUCACUUGGGAGGUAAUGAGGAAGCUGAUGGAGGUGCCAACCGUUGGGAUCCCAGUAGCGCACGUCGGCCCUAAGACAUCAGAAUGGGCCAACGAAAUAGAAAACUACCUAGAAACAUGGAAGCUCCCUAAAGGAGGCAGUAAGGAAGAACAAGUGGAAAUCGGUACGAUUUGGGAUCCCAACACUAUAAUCUCUAACAAUGGAAGGCAGUUCGAUUCGGAGGAUUACAAAACAUUGUUUCAGGAACUUGGGAUAAAGGUAAGAAACUCAUCGCCUGGGCACCCUCAGGCAAACGAGCAAGCAGAAUCAACAAAUAAGUCCCUACUCGAGAUCCUGAAAAAGAAAUUGGGCGACCAAAAAGGCGAGUGGGUAGAAGAGCUUCCAGGAGUAUUGUGGGCCUAUAGAGCUUCGGUGAAGACCCCAACAAGGGAGACCCUUUUCACUUUGGCGUUCAAAAGUGAAGCAGUCGCCCCCACAGAAGUUGCCCAUGUACCAGACCAGCCACUUUAA